AUGCAGCGGAGAAGAUUAAAAUGUACAGUGGAGCUCCAGAUUCAAGCCGGACGUCAAACUCAGGCCUGGGGGCCAAAUUUGGAAAUUUGGCAGGAAUAUGUUAGGGCCCAGAUCACAUGUCCUGGGGUGUUGUUGCCCUCUCAGGAGGAAAUUUACCUCAGUGUCCGCAUCUUGGACCAGUUCCAGAAGACACAUUGCGUGCCUGCCGCAUUCCCUCUGUUGUUCCACACCAAAAUGGUGUUUACAAAGUCUUUCUCACACAUGGUUGAUCCCAGUGAUGUUGCUGACCUCCUAGAGAGUGAUUCAACGCUUUUUGAGCUAAUUCAGCUCAUACCAGCAGAGGGGGAGAUCUUGGCUACCCUUGAAGAAAACAGCCGCGCCUUCCUCUACCCAGGGCCGCGCGAGCUUCCCGCGGCUCCCUGCGCACAGAGAGAGCUUCUGAUGAAGAAAUCCAUCACCUUCCCUGGAAUCUCCCCCAAGAUAGAGUUCUCCACCAUCACCACCAUUGAGGAGUGUGGGGUGAGAGGGAGCAGGAGGAAGACUCCCUCUGGAUCCCCGCUGAAGUCUGGCAAGUCCCCCAUUAAAUCUGUUGGCGUGCGCACAAGCCCUGGCGCUGCGGGGAAGAGCUACGCAGGCAGCAGUGGCAGCAGCGGCAGCAGCAGCGCGGUGGCAUCCAGCGGCUAUGACAGACCCACGGUGGCCUCGUUGACCCGCGCGCCAUCGCCCUACACCCAGCGGAAGAUGUGCCAGCUGUCGGAGGAUGCCAGGCAGCGUCUGUGCCACCUCCAGCUGGGGCCGCACGCCUUCAGGAAGGAGACGCGCAGACAGCCCCCUUUCGUGGUUCCCCACACCCCGAGCACCUCCAUGCUGGAGACAUCGUUCAGCUCCCCUUCGCUGUCCUUGAGCGACUGGAGGUCGGCCCUCAGCAGGUCCUCCCACUCCGCUCCAGAUGCUUCACACCUCUCCUGUAGAAAGUCUUCUUCAGCCAGAGUGUGUCCCCACAAAGCCAGCCCUCCUUCCCCGGCCAGGAACACCACCCGGAGCUGUGGCAGCAGCAGUCCCAUCCACAGAGGGGGGCCAGUGGCAGCCCACUCCACCCCGCUGCCCAGCCACUCCCUCCAGGCCACCCAGAGCCCUGUGCUCAGCCGCUCCUCACUCAGAGAGAGAUUCCAGAGCGACCCCUCGAGCCCUUGUCGCUGGGAGGAGAUCCACAGACGAGUGGAGAGGCUUCUGAGAAACCGUAGCACAGGCAUGGGAGCCCGCUGCCAACUCACCUUUGACGGGGAUGCAGAGACAGAUGUUAAUGCCAGAGCCGUUUCCGACCAAGGCACAGCGCUCUCCUGUGACAGACAGCCUCCUCCGGACAGCCAAGCAGAUGAACCAUCUGUACAUUUGGACAAUGGACAUUACUGGAGCUCCAAAGCCGCAGCUUACACUGGGAAAUCCCAUAGGGUGGUCUUCGAGGAAAGCAUGGGGAAAAUCUACAAGAACCUCUACAGGAGCUGCCUUGAGUAGUGCAUGAAGAGAGUUGGCCGACAUGAUUUCAGGACCAAGCUGCUGCUCCACACGCUGUCAGUGAGAUUGUACAUAUUUGUAUAUUAUAUAUCAAGUUACCUUUUUUUACGAUUAUGAAUAUGGCACAUGCAAUGUAUUGUAAAAUAAUUUCUAACCCAUCAGGAUUCUUUGGGAGGGAAAAAUCUAAAUAAUACAAUCAUGGGUUGUAUUGUACUUGAUUUAUUAUUUUUUCAGAAAGUUACAAUUAAAGGUCUCAUCUUUUUUUCAAGAA